UAAAUCGUUUGUGGGUUGUGGAUAGCUAUCUAUCAUGCUAGUUACCUUUACUGUUAGAUUUCUGCCUAUCGUACAUAUUUGGUAACAUUCUGGCAUGGACAAACGAGUCAAGAAGAGUACUGCCAGUACGGCCCCCCCACUUCCUCUCUCCUCUUUGCGACUAUUGGUUUCUCCGCUGCGGCUGAUGUAUUCAUUUGUAUGGCAUGUGGUGAAUCAACGCAAUGUGAUGCACUAUGGGAAGGUCGAGGAGUUUGUAACUGUGGUGACUGAAGCAGUUCCAAAGUUGCUGAGUUACAAACAGAGGGCUCAACUCAUCCUGGGUCUGAGAGCAAGGAUGAUCUUGGAGUUGUUCCGUAAGGACCCACCCAACCUUCAGGACAUCCAACGUCUCCUGGAAAAGAUGAACAUCUUGGGGCAGCCAGAUGCAGAAGUGGAGGAGUCACAGGCUAACUUCGUGGCGCUGGUCCAAACCCUGCUGAAAAACCCUUAUGAGAGGAAGCACUUCUUCCAGGAGGAGUUCCAUACACAGUAUGGCUCCAAGUAUGACGCAGCACUGCAGGCCCUUGUGGGAGGCUUGGUCCUCAGACUGGAACGACUGCUAUCUGUGCCAGAUCUCUCCCAGAUAGCGUCCAUUAUCAGUGCUGCCCCCUCUGACCUGGAGGAGUGUGGAAAGUCUGUGUCUGACCCUGAGCACCUGAAGAUUCUCCUCCAGCACCAGAACCUGCUAAAUAAGAUUCAGUUUGUACCUGUCACUUCUUCUGUGGGUGACUGUGUGCUGUCCUCGCUGUCCUUCCGCCUCGCGUGUGGAAUGCCAUCAAUGGAGCCAGAUUUUGACGAGCCAUCAGAAUCAUUAGAUGCCGCUCUAAGUGUCAUGAACCCUGCCUCCUUCAGUAACUUGGAGGAUCUGGGAAUGAUGUCAGAUGACUCUGACCAUGCUGGAGAAGAUAGUACUGUGGAGAGAGAAGACGAUGUACUGCCAGAGAGCGCCGUGGUCUGCUCUAGUCCUCAAGGUGUUAGCGGGCUGGUGGGAGGUGCACCAUCAAAAGGGGCACCAACAGUAAGGAGUAUGUUGCAAACAAUGAGACAGCAACAACUUGUAUCACUGAUGAGUACUUCCAUCACUGAAGCCUCUCCUUCACAGAUAGUCCUCCCUGCCACGGAUAACCAGCCGGUCGAGCUAACGAGUGUCGACCAGUGGGUCUCCCAUAUUGCCAGUUACACUUUAUCGCUCCAUUCCUUGCCACCCCUUCCACAAAACGAUCAUUUGGACAAGGAGAUGGAGUCGGCCGACACAGGUCUCGGAAGCAGUGUGGUGAUCGGGGGUCAGGAAACAGAGGUCGAUCUCUUUGAGAGUUCCAUUAUCCAAAGGAAGAGGGUGCAAAAGCCACUACGAGUAGCUUGCUCGAAAAAGAGAAACCCUGCAACCAACUCCUGCCAAGAGUGUGGGAAGCGUUUUCUGUCUCGGGGACGGCUGGAGGAUCACCUCCGCAUACACACCGGAGAGAAACCUUUCAAGUGCACCGAUUGUAGCAGGUUCUUCAGGACGUUGGCACUCCUGACCAACCAUAUGAAAAUUCACUCUGACGUGCGGCCCUUUAGCUGCGAUGAGUGCGGCAAGUGCUUUCGGAGAAAGGUUGGCCUUCAGAAUCACCAUCGUGUCCACACGGAUGCUAGACCAUACAAAUGCACCAUAUGUGGCAAGGGUUUCACGCAGGUACAGUACUGCAAACGACACAUGGAUUGUCAUACAAGUGAGAAUACCUAUUUUUGCACUCAUUGUCCGAAGAGUUUCCCAACCCAAUUCCAGCUGUCUGCCCACCAGCGCUGGCACACCAUGGACCGCCCGUACGCCUGUGAGCAGUGUGGGUUGCGUUUCUUUAUGCCAAGCUUGUUAAAGAGACACAUGGGCUACCACAUUGGGAACCGCCAGUUCCUGUGUGCCCAGUGCGGAAGGACCUUUGUUUAUGAGUUUGACCUAAAGAGACACCAAAAAGACCAUGACCCCAGUCCCAAGCUCCCCUGCCCCGUCUGCCAGAAGAUGUUUGGCAACAACAGCCUACUCCAGGCCCACAUACGCAGGCACUCUUCAGAGAAACCUUACAGAUGCGACAUAUGCGACAAGACCUUUAAAGACAGCGGGGGCCUCCGCAUACACAAGCGGGGGCUGCACUCGAACGAACGCCCUUACAGCUGCGACGAGUGUGGGAAGACCUACAAACUACACACGCACCUGAGGGAGCACAAGUUUAAACACACAGGGGAGGGCCACAGCUGUGGCCAGUGUGGAAAGGCCUUCAGGUACCUGCGUCUCCUGAAGGCGCACGAGCGGUCGCACUCCGAGCCAUCUGAGCUCACACGGCGAAACAGUCACACCAGCCGUCGCAGGAGACAUUCCUCCAAAAGGAGUUGAUUUUCUCACAUUUUCACACCUUUCACUGUGGCUACAGUAAUAUACAACAGUAUUCAACUUUGUCACAAUUCCAUGUCAUUGGCUGUACGGUCGUUAUGUAGGGCAGCCCAGGGUUCCUCUGUGUUGUCUUAAGAAUGCUGCAUUAUCCCACCAUUCUGUCAUAUCUCUGUGGUGCAGAGGGGCGACAUGAUGGGGGAUGGUGAGAUAUUUGACUUGAACGGAGAAGAGGGUCUCUGCUGUUCAGGACUGCUGCUCACUGUGUUUAGCUUCCUCCCUCUAUGAUCCUCCCUUCCUCUGAUCAGACAUACGGGGACUAUACAAACCCUUAUUACAUGAUACACAGCAUAUCAAGUACAGGGUCUAAAGUCUUUUCAAAUCAUGGAAUGUCAUACAUGGUCUAUUUUGGGAGGUACCAGCAUUGCAGUCCUAACAGCCAUGCAUACAAGCCGGUUGUGACUGAAGGCUCCCAGAAAAUCUGUGGACCGGAAAUUCAUAAAGUGAAUCUGUGGAACUAUGUUCAGUGAGGUGUGUUAGGUAAACCAGUGAAACAUCCUCCACUGUCAGGUACAGUAUGCUCUCAAGAGAACAUGGUUUUAAUCUGUUGACUUGGAUCAGGAUUGGGGGUCAAUUACUUUUUAAUUCAGGAUCUUUCUAAUAGAAAAUAAUUUCAGUUACUCCAACCCUGAUUUGGAUAGUCUCAUGGCUUCUCCCGCAGUAUAAUCACCAGAGUGAUUCAGAUUUAGUAUUUAAUAGUCACAUGUACAGGGUUGCAGGUAUAAUUGCGGAUACAGUGAAAAUCUUAGGGUCCAAACUCCAACAGAGUGUAGUUCUUCAAUUUGUGCUUCUUGUUCUAUCGCAAUGUUCUUGUUGAAUUAAAAAGCUUAUAGGCUACA